UCACUGAACCGGGGGAACAAAUUGAACGACGGACACAGAACACCCGAUUUCCGGUGGUGGCUGAGUGCCGAGAAAAGGAGAGUCUGAGAAACCUAUUUCUACGGUUUCUUGUGAAACUUUGAAGGGUGCACAGAUUGCUGCUUUGGGGAGGUGCCCAGGCUGCCAAUGAUCUGUUAAGCUGUUGGAGGUGUUUUGGAUACUUUAAUGGAGGAGAGCCUCAACAAGAACAUCCAGGUGGAGCUGGAUUGUGGGAUCCAGCAACAACAGACUGGGGUCUCCCAGCUCAAACUGUCAUCACAACAAGAUAUUAAGCUACAGCUGGGAAACUGCACAGAACAAUCUGUGCCUGUAACUCAGGAUAAGAAGCCAAAGGAAGAACCCAAGCUGCUAAGCCAUCAAAAGGCUAACCAGGUCAAAACUGCUCAGAAAAAGAAAAAGAAAGUGCGUUGCAAUAAGCCCGUGGCUGAAGCUGAGAAGGAUGGAGAGAGGCAGAGCAAUGACAGAGAUGGCAGAGACAGUAACUCCACAACUUCUGGAGCAGAACCGUGCCUGACUUCAGAAGAGCAGCUGCGGCGGGAAGUGGACUGGUGCAUUGAGCAACUAGAACUUGGGCUACGCACGCAGAAAGCCAAACCGAAACAAGCUGAGCAGGCUAUUCGUGCACUGAGAACCCUCCGCAGUGAGAAAGCACCACUCGUGAAGAAACGGCAAAUGAUGAGGUCCAUUUUUGGAGACUACAGGAAAAAGAUGGAAGAGGAAUGGCAAAGACAAUUCAAAUUGAUGCUUGCAGCUACAAAAUCUGCCAGCAUCAAACCAGUUGGAAUGCAGAAAAGGAGCCAAGUCUUUCGGAAAUCUGUGAGCAACUUGAAAAGAGUUGGGGAUUUCUCUGAAUCUGACUCUGUGAAUUCAGAAGGGAGCGCAGUUCAAUGCAUGCAUGAUCAAAACAGCCAAAGUCACUUCCGGUUUAAUUUUUUCUGAGUAAUAUUCACUAAUUGAAGUGUGUGGAACAAAAUGUGUGUCACAGACCUUUGGCUGGCAAGGCAACAUCUAUUAUGGGAUUUUCUCUUCAAACACUUAUUUUGCUGAGCUGAAAACAAGGAUUGAUUGUGUGGAUUUGGACCAUAUCAUUUGCCAUUAAAGACUGAUGCAUUGAAACAUUGUGCAAGCAGCCGUUUUGAAAGUUUUGGCGACUGCUGUCGGCCCUAUCAUUUAAAUGAGAGAUUUUUUAGGGAAUUGGUCUUUCCGCAUUGGAGUCUCUCCUGCCUUCCUUUCUUCUAAGAUACCUCUCAAGCCCCUCCAGUCUGAACAAGAGAAGAAUGAAUGAGAUUGUCAAUGUGUGGCGAUGGCUGCUGCAGAAUUCAGGUUUCCUGUUCACUUAUCUUGGGCAGACAUUAAAAUCAGUAAUAAUUUGGUCUGUCAGUGUAUGGUUUUGUGAUGUGUUAAGUAGAAUAUUUACAGGCAGCAGGAAACUGACUGCCUCUUCUGCAGACAACUUUUUUUAAACUAUUAGCUGUUGUGAGAACAUAAGUGUUGUGCUUGGAGUCUUUAUUUUUCAGUUGUUUUGAGGGCUGUGUUCAAUCCUAUAUUAGACCAGAAGCAGCCAAAGUCCAUCUCUAUUCAUGUGCUAAAGGUGAAUAAAUUAACUUGUUUUUUUAAUUCUGUAAAAUGCAGUUCUGGUGCAUUUAGUGUACACCAUUGUUUUUCAUGGCACAAAUGAGACUGAAAACUUUAGGUCAGUUGCUGACUGUGAUAUUACAUAGCAAACACAACAGUGCAAGUUACAAACAGAACAGUUCUCGCUCUGCACCCGUGUGUGCAAACUUUUCAUGCCAAGGGCUAUGCCACAUCUGAAGAUGCAAGUUGUAUUUUGAGGGUGGGUGGGUAUUUGUGUGCGCAACAUAAGUGUUCAAGAAAUAAAAAACUACAAAGAAUAAUUUUGGUAUAUAAACAUACUUUUAUUGUGAUAAUUGUACCUUCAUUUCAAUACAAUAAAAUCAAUGUA